CGCUAGGAAAAAUGCUUCGUAAAAUAACGGCACUGACUUGACGGUUCGCUUCCGAAUAUCACAAGUCUUCUUUGCCUCGAGGAUUGGAGCUUUAAGCAUGGCUAUCCACAACCCUCAACUUCAUUUCCGAUUGGUAGCUUAUUGUUCCACUUGAUCAGAAGUUUACAAGAGAUGAGUGCCGCGAAUGAUGCUGUGGCCGACCGUUUUCCUGAUUACUAGUAGGCAUUGAGCAGGAACAAAAUGGUACCUUACUGCAUUAUGUACAUCCGAGAGUUAGAGACCGGAGAUUGAAAUUCUCUCAGCGUCCCGUGACGUCCUGAACGCACGCGUCGAUUAUGAUCGAAAGUCAUUAUCCUCUUGUUUCUUGUAGGAGCAGGGGCUGCAGGGAUGGCCGAUGCUCGCCAACUCAUAAUAAUCAAGGUUUUUCGCAAAUACAGCCAUUCACUAGGUCCAGAUGCUCUGCAAUUUCUGGAAGAAAUCCUUGAAAGACAUGAUAUAGCGGACAAUGACGUGGAGUUCUCAAUCGAGACCAUUGCAAGGGAGUAUAACAAACAAGAUGAUGCUGCGAUGAAAGUUUCACUAGACAUCUUGCAGAGAGUCUACGACGCGUUGCAGGACCAAGGCAAUGCGGGGGAAGCAGAAGAACUAUUAGAUCCUGAUAGCCAUCUCUACUUUGUGGAUGCAUUUGAAAUGCCAUUGUGGCACUGGUCGCAGGAAAGAGGGUCAUUCGAGAAAUCUUCCAGCCCUCUUACUGUUGCAGGGAGCGCAGACUCACGAAUAGCGGCAGUACGCAACCGACUGCAUAUAAUCAAGCAGAGUAUCCUGCGGAACGAACACUUCUCCCCGUCUACUCUUCCAUCUCGAGACCGAGAACAUCUUGUCACGCUCAAAUCCACAAAGCAGCUGCUCGGUAGAGCCGGCGAACGCUUCUUACUCUUGGGAAUGCUUGCGCACAACAAAGAAGGUAAGUUGUGCUUGGAAGAUGCAGACGGAAGCGUUGAACUUGAUUUAUCCAAAAUGGACGAACCAGGCGAAGGAUUGUAUACGGAGGGGUGCUUCGCCCUUGUCGAAGGUGAAUACACUGAAGAUGGCAUCCUCGAGGUUGUAGCUAUGGGACAACCUCCCUGCGAGGAUCGGGAGACUGCCAGGUCAAUCUACGGUCACAUUGAUUUCUUGGGGCAAGGUUCAACCUCCCUACUUGAAGAUUCACAGUUCGCCCGUCGGAUUCGUGAAGAACUCUCCGACCUCUAUUUCUUCUUCCUUUCAGAUGUUUGGCUAGACCACCCUCAAAGCCUCGUUGGACUUCAGAAAAUGUUCGACAAUUGUAUCGAGAACAGCUUUAUACCUAAGGUCAUCGUUAUGUGCGGUAACUUCACGAGCAAAUCAAUAAUGCAGGGGAGUGGUAGAGACAUCCAGCGUUAUCAAGAAAACUUCGAUUCCCUAGCCGACUUGAUAGCAUCCUACCCGCAAAUUACUCGAGAAACGCACUUCGUCUUUGUUCCAGGACCUCUGGAUAUCACGGGCAGCAGUACCCUUCCCCGCAGACCAAUCUUAUCUACCUUCACGUCCCAUCUUCGCAGCAAGAUUCCAAAAGUUCACUUCACCAGCAAUCCUUGCCGAUUGAAGUUUUUUGGUCAGGAAGUUGUGAUAUUCAGGGAGGAUACCAUGGCACGAAUGUUGAGAAACACGAUUGGCAUAAAACCAAAUGUCACUGGUGAAGAUUUGAGACGAUAUUCGAUACUAGACCAAAGCCACCUUAUCCCACUUACUACACAUAUUCAACCUGUAUUACCAGACUUUGAUCAUGCACUCCGACUAUACCCUCUUCCAACCGCCGUGAUUCUGGCCGACAAGUACGAGAAGUACAAGUUGACGUAUUCAGGAUGUCACGUAUUCAAUCCUGGAGGGUUUGUUGGCAAUUCUUUUUCUUUUUCUACAUAUAGCCCUGCCGAGAGGAGUUCUGAAGAAGGGUAA